CCGUUUUAUUUGUCAUAUAACGUUUUAGCGGCUUUGACGAACUGUCGCAUCGCGUUCCUUUGAUCCGCUUCGAGAUGAAGCUGAAGCAGCUCGAGGGCCUCCUUGGCACUCUUCAGCAGUUCUCCCACCCAAAGAUAGAAUUGGAACAAUAUCCCACAGGACCACAUAUUGCGUCUCGGUUACUUUAUACGGUAGAAAAUACAUAUGGAAAUAUAAGUGGCAAGAUUGUAGCAGAUUUUGGUUGUGGUUGUGGUACGUUAGGAUUAGCAAGUGCACUUUUGGAUGCGGAGCAGGUCAUUGGCAUUGACAUCGAUCCCCAAUCUCUAGAGAUUGCUUCAGAAAAUGCUGUAGAUCUGGAGCUGGAAAUGGAUUUCAUGCAGUGUGACAUUAACAACUUAAGAUGGAGAGAUCAUUUGGUGCACACUGUUGUCAUGAAUCCUCCUUUUGGAACUCGGAGAAAAGGAUCUGACGUUGAGUUUCUUGCAAAAGCUUUGAAGGUCGCUUCUUGUGCAGUCUACUCUUUGCAUAAAACUACCACCAGAGAUUAUAUAAAGAAAUUUGUCGUUCGAGAUUUGAACGUCAGAACUGCAGAAGUUUUAUGUGAGCUGCGGUAUGAUGUGCCACAACUUUACAAAUUUCUCAAAAAGAAAGAGUUGGAUAUUGCAGUAGAUCUCUGGCGCUUCGUCCCAAAUGCCAACCAAGCACUGUAGUCAACACUCCUCAGGCCAAUCUAGAGC